GGUCCCUGCCCGGAGCCAUGCGGGGCCGGGGGCUGCUCUGCGGCAUCGCCCUCUCGCUGCUGCUGCGGCCGCCGCCCCCCGCGGCCGCUGAGGAGCGGCCCCAGCCCGAGGUGGUGGAGCCGCGCUGGGCAGCCCCGGGUGGCCCCGGCAGCCCCAAGCAUCCACCCCGAGCUGAAGUUACAGUGGAGGCAGAAGGCCAGGAGCUCGUCUUGGAACUGGAGAAAAAUAGAAACCUCUUUGCACCAGGCUACACUGAGACCCACUACAGCCACACUGGCCAAGCCCAGAGCACCCCCCUGAGCCACACGGAGCACUGCUUCUACCACGGCGCCGUGCGCGGCUGGGAGCACUCCAGCGUCACCCUGAGCACCUGCCGAGGGCUGCGAGGACUUAUCACAUUGAGCAGCAAUUCCAGCUACAUCUUGGAGCCAGCUCCUGACAGCCCAAACCAGCACUUGAUUUACAGGGUGGACAACCUGAGGUUGCAGGGAGGAGCUUGUGGCUACCAGGGCACUGUGGAUGCAACUGAAGAUUGGCUCAGGAACUUCACAGCUGGGAUGCAAUCACCAGGCCAGAGGGUGAAACGGGACACUCUGCAGGCUACAAAGUAUGUGGAGCUCCUGCUCGUGGCAGAUUAUGCAGAGUUUCAGAAACAUCACUUCAGCAUUGAAGCAACAAGACAGAAAUUAGUGGAGGCUGCUAAUUAUGUAGAUAAGUUUUACAGGGCCUUGAAUAUCCGGAUUGCCUUGGUGGGGCUGGAGAUCUGGAAUUAUGGGGAUAAAUGUGAUGUAACAGAGAAUCCCUACUCCACCCUCAAGUCCUUUCUGGCCUGGAGCAGCAAAGAGAGGCUGCACAGAAAACAUGAUAAUGCCCAGCUAAUCACGGGUGUGCCCUUCAAAGGUACCACAGUAGGCUUGGCUCCCGUGAUGGCCAUGUGCUCUGAUUUCCAGUCAGGAGGAGUAAACAUGGACCACUCUGAUAAUGCCAUUGGUGUUGCUGCUACCAUUGCCCACGAGAUGGGACACAAUUUUGGCAUGAAUCAUGAUUCUGCUGGCUGCUGCACCACCCCUGCAGCAGAUGGGGGCUGCAUCAUGGCUUCUGCAACGGGGCACCCAUUCCCCAAGGUGUUCAACCAGUGCAACAGACAAGAGCUGGAGAAGUAUCUGCAUUCUGGUGGAGGGAUGUGUCUCUCCAACAUGCCAGACACCAAAAGAAUGUAUGGUGGAGGGAAAUGUGGAAAUGGCUACCUGGAAGAGGGGGAGGAGUGUGACUGUGGAGAGGUGGAGGACUGCAGGAACCCCUGCUGUGACCCCAGGACCUGCUCCCUGAAACCUGGUGCUGAAUGUGCCCAUGGCAGCUGCUGCCAUCAGUGCAAGCUGAUGUCCCCAGGAACUCUCUGCAGGAAGAGGUCAGGACUCUGUGACCUCCCAGAAUAUUGCACUGGCGAGUCCCCGUUCUGCCCCCUCAACUCCUACGAGAUGGAUGGGGCUCCCUGUGAUGGAGGAAGAGCCUACUGCUACAGUGGCAUGUGCCUCACCUACAGGGACCAGUGUGUGCAGCUCUGGGGGCCUGGAGCACAGCCAGCACCAGAUGCCUGCUUUGAGAAGGUCAAUGCUGCUGGAGACAUCUAUGGCAACUGUGGGAAGGACAUCUACGGGAAUUACAGGAAGUGUGACAUGAGAGAUGCUAAAUGUGGGAAGAUCCAGUGCCAGAGCUCAGCUUUCAAACCCCUGCAGCCCAAUGCAGUGGCCAUAGACACCACGGUGAACAGGCAGCGCUGCCGAGGCACCCACGUGUACAGAUCCGACAGUGAGGAGAAGGAGAUGCUGGACCCCGGCUUGGUGUUGACAGGAACAAAGUGUGGGAGCCAUCAUGUUUGCUUUGAGGGGCGCUGCCAGAAUAUGUCCAUCAUCUUUGAUUCUGAGAGCUGUAGCAAGAAGUGCCAUGGGCAUGGAGUGUGCAACAACAACAAGAAUUGCCACUGUGACCAGGGCUGGGCCCCCCCGUUCUGCAACAAGGAGGGGACAGGAGGCAGCCUGGACAGUGGUCCCCCUCUGCCUGAAGGCUCUUCAGCGGUUGUGAUAGCUCUGGCAAUCCUGGCUCCCAUUCUCCUUCUCACAGGAAUCUUGUUUUUAUUCUAUUAUCUGAAAUGCUGGAGUAAAUUUACCAUCUGUUCUCUAAAGAAGACACCUCAGUUCAGUGACACCUCUGGAACCGGCCAUGCAAACCCUGCCUUCAAGCUGAGAACUCCCCAGCAGCAGAGGAAGGUGAUUGGCUUCCCUGAAAUCCCACCCAAACCUCCUUCUCAGCAAGCUCCAGGGCUCCAGAUGAGCAGGCAGCAGCCCCCCACCUUCCCUGGCAGCCACAGCUGCAGCAGGGGACAGCCCGCAGGACCGGUGCUGCCGGCACUUCCCAAGGACAUUCCCCGGAGGACACCCCCGAGCAGGCCAGCACCUCCUGCUCCCAAACCUCCAACCUCUCAGGAUAUUUCAAGGCCCCGGCCACCCCAGAGAGCUCUGCCGGCGAAUCCCAUCCCAUCCAGGUCCAGAGGCUGGCAGGGGAGCAGCCCUGUUGUCCCACUGCCCCCUGGGCACAGCAGGGCCCCUGGGCACCUCCAGCCUGUGGCAGAGGGUUCUGGAGCCUGGACAGCUGGAGCAGUGAGCAACUUGAAGGUGGGACAGCCAGGCUCCCGUGGGCAUUCCUGAGGCAGCCUGUUCCUGGCUGGCUCUGGCCUUCACCGGGCACUGGAUGGUCUUCAUCACCCAAAAACACUCUCACACCUUCACUGCCAUGGACAGUGUCUCAGCUCCUCCCCUCCUGCCCCAGCCCUGCUCCCUCUGUGACUCACCAGGCUGCAGUCAGGCAUGGCAGGGGUGCCCCAGGUACACGCCAGGCUCAGCUGGACCCUCUCUGCCUUUUCCACGUAGGGAUGACUUGUUUAUACGGUAUUUAAAUAUUGUUGUGCAAUAUCCACUGCAGGGAUGGGGUGAUGGGGGUUUCCACGUGUUUUUAAUCAGUUAUUUAAGUAUUACCAGGGAGAACAAGCUGUGAGUGCAGGUGCUGGCCUUGAUGGGCUUUCAUGUGAGCCCUGUUGGCUUCCUCAGCCCCCCCAGCAGCUGCAGGAGCAUAUUGGUGCUAUAGAGAACCCACUGCCUCUGGGGAGAGCAGCUGGUGAUAACAUUCUUCAGUUUAUUCUCUGUUUACAGGGGGUGGCAAGUGGGGCCCCAACAGGGAGCCAGCCAUGGAAAUACAAUUUGUGGGGCCACUGUGGAUUUUGGUCAGCUUUAACAGAGGGGAUUAUUUUUAUUUCAUUAUUUUCUCCAUAAAACCCUCUUCAGCAUGAACAUUGCAACCCUUCUGUCCUCCAGCACUCGCUUGUCUUGCCCUGGUGCUGUAAAUCCCAAAAGCAGCCCCAGCACAGCCCAUGACCUCCAAUCCAGGCCAUUAGGGCACACUCAAGGUACGACAGGGCAGCUCUGGCCCAGACCCAGAGCAGAAGGCAGUGCUCAGACCCCUCUGCAGCACAUGGUACUGUCAGCAGGAGAUGCUUUUGCACGUGUCUGUGCUGAGCUGUAACUCAGCAUGGACUGUCUGCUCCCCAAACCACUGAGAAACCUACCUGGAAAAUGCCCAGGUGGUGAAACAGCUGAACUUUUAACACAACACAUGGUGCUUUUGUAGGGCAGCUCUCUUACUCCAGGCUUUUUCUCCAGGCCAGGGAUGGAGAGAGCUGUCUGUGUGCACUUUAAGCAGCUGAUGGUUCUGACCCUGAGGACCCUCCCUUAUGAAUUUAGUUUUUUCUUGUAAGAGUUUGGCUUUUGUAUGUGUUGGU